GGCGGCAGGGACCUGUACUCUCAGCUCUGGCACGGCAUCGCCGACGCCGACGCCCACGGGGACGCGAGCGCGCUCGUGACGGGGGGCGGCGCCGGGUCGAGCUUCUGCGGGAGCAACGCGGUGACGGCUCCGGCGCUGCUGCCGUUUCCGGAGGAGGAGCCUGCCUCGUCCUCGGCGGGCGGCCACGCAGUGCUGCUCAAGAGGGGGAGGGACGAGCUGGAUAGCCGCGGCGAGGAGGCCGAUGAAUGUGAGGCCAUUGACGAGACCCGGCCGUCAAAGCGACCGUCGGCGAAGCGCAGGACUCGCGCCGCCGACGUCCAUAACCAGUCCGAGAGGAGAAGAAGGGAUAGGAUCAACGAGAAGAUGAAGGCAUUGCAAGAACUCGUGCCUCACUGCAACAAGAGCGACAAGGCAUCGAUACUAGACGACGCAAUCGAGUACUUGAAGUCCCUACAAUUGCAAGUUCAGAUCAUGUGGAUGACAACUGGGAUGGCGCCGAUGAUGUUCCCUGGUGCUCACCAACUCAUGCCGCCGAUGGCCAUGGGCUUGAGUACGGGAUGCAUGCCUGCGGCCCAAAGCCUGAGCCAGCUACAAAGAGUAGCACCGUUCAUGAACAAUCCUCUUCCAAAUCAAGUGCCCCAGGUCCAGUCUCCAGCUACCAAUUCCCUCAGCGUAACAAACCAGAUGCAAAACAAUGGCAUCUGCGCGCCAAGAAAUCCUUUCCUGCAUCCUAACGACACAAUAGCAGCAGCAGCUCAGGUGCCGGGUAUGUUCCGCUAUGGAUCUCAACCUAUGCAACACAACGAAGCUAAUGAGCUACUGGCUAGCACUGCUACUCCAGCUUCAGGAGCUGGUCCGUCGUGUUCCUCUUAACAGAGUCGGAACUUAAGGUCACCAGCUUGGGACAAGAUGCUCUACUGUGACCAACCAGGGGGGAUGAACAAAGGAGGUCAGAACAAACUGGUCCAGGAAGAAAUGAUGUUGAUAUAGGCCAGGGACAGAUCACGCAAUCUUGAGACUUCGUGGAACCACUGAGGUACAGACACCUAUAUGCCCGGGUCGUGCCGAGACCAGAUACUAUUCUUAUCUGAAGGAUUGUCUCUGGCAUCACCUUUCUGUUUCUGGAAGGGAGUUGGUCCGUGUGAGAUGAACUUGGCUUGGCAGGGACAAACAGAAGAUGCUUCUGCUGAUAUGAUGCAGAUCUGGAGAUGAUUUGGUUGGAGCCAGCAGCUGCACGAGGACACAACACUGCCAGUUUCUCUCUUGUUUCCGCCAAGGUUACACCGCUGGUGAAUUCUUACAGGACUCCUGCCAACCUGAAAUCGGCAGUUCAAGCUAAUGAAUUCGGUCAAACGGACUAAACAAGGAUAGGCAGAAACAAGUGCUGUUAUGAUACAAAUGGCAGGAUUGCACAGGCCCUGAGAAGGAAAAGAAUUCAAGGGGGAUCGAAAUCAAGUGCAAUUCAGACAACUGGCACGUCAAGAUCAUUCUCAUUCAUCAGAAACACGUAAUAUUGAUGAGGGAUUGCGCACCUGAACAAACUGCUGCCUCAUCUGAAUUCCCGGUUACUACAACAUCGCCUUUCAGGCUUUCACUCGAUCUCCAGGAGAUUAUAAAACAUGUAAUGAUGUACAAUUGCCCCAUCUCAAGUUAACCAGGAUGACGAUGGCCAUUAUUAGUUUCGUCGCGGAUUAAUUGGACUCUGAAUGCAUCUGGAUCUUUGUGUUUAUCGUGAGUCAGCUUCAGUCGCCAUCAGUGGAGAUUGAGAUUUUGCUCUGCAUUUAUAUGCUGAGAUUUGGUUCUCAUGUUUACGAUUUUUCUUUUUCUUAAUGAUAGCACAGUUUACAAUGGCCGA